AACCGGCGGGGCGAAUCGGCAGUGACCGCUUCACCGUUAACCUGCCAGUAUAGAGAAUCUGUAUAUAAGGCUCUGGUUGCCAAAACGGUAUGACCUAUGGUGGCUUCUUUACACCUCUCCAUGAGCAGUACUACUCAUCCACAAUAGCUGUGGAUACCAGGUGCAUCUCGAGCUGCACAUCGACGUCUUCAGUCAAGAAGGGCAGAGAAAGUUCGACCAAGUCCAGUAUACGCUUACCACCCCGCGCUCAGUUUCCCUCCAGCUUCUUUUCCAUCCCCAUAUCCAGCUCUACGAUAGCCAUAUUGAUCGUCGUUGCACUGUUGCGGUGAAACAAGAUGGUGUCGUGGUAUUCGCUCAGUAUUGCCUGCUUCGCAGCAAUCGGCACCUUUCUGUUCGGUUUCGACACCGGAAUAAUCACCACAACAAUAGCCCAUGAAAGCUGGGUCGACUACAUGAACCAUCCAUCUAAGGGUCUUACCGGUGCCGUUGUCGCUGUAUAUAUUGCCGGCGAGGCUGUUGGAGGCGUCAUGCAGACCCUGACAGGCGAUCGACUGGGACGUCUUCGUUUUAUGGAGAUGAUGUGUGUUGUUGUUACGAUAGGGACCGUGAUACAAACGGCUUCAGUAAACUUUGGAAUGUUCUUGGCAGGUCGCAUCAUUGCUGGCUUCGCAGUUGGAGGCAUGGUCGCAACUGUUCCGAUCUAUCUCAGUGAAAUCUCACCACCAGAAUCGAGAGGUCUGAUCGGAGGUAUUUCAGGCUGUGGCAUAUCAUUUGGCACCAUGUCAUCAAAUUUUGUAGGUUUCGCCUCGGGCUACGCUCCGUACGGACAGAUUCAAUGGCGUCUUCCCUUGGCUCUCCAGAUCCCAUGGGGAAUCAUCUUGUUUUGCGGCCUAAUAACGUUCAUGCCCAACUCUCCCCGUCAAUUGAUACGACGUGGAAAGCCUGAAGAGGCGCGAGCUGAGUUCGUCAAAAUCCGCAGAACUUCAGCGUCAGCGGCCGACGUACAGCAGGAAUUUGCUCUCAUGCAAAGGCAGAUCGAGUUUGAGAUGCAAAGAGAAGUCAAGUCUUACAAAGACAUCUUUCGCCUAUAUCGGCACCGAGCAUUUGCAUCGAUAGCCGUACAAACGAUGACAUCACUGACUGGCGUGAACGUAAUACAAUACUAUCAAACGAUCCUCUAUCGGUCCAUGGGCCUCGCGCCUCGCACAAUUCUCAUCCUUGUCGCCAUAUACGGAACGGUCUGCUUCAGCGCCAACUGCGCCACGUCCUACUUUCUCACAGACCAAUGGGGACGGCGCAAAAUGAUCCUCGCUGGGCUGUCCUCCAUCAUCCUGAUCGAGAUCUAUGCUGCGGUCAUGCAACGAUUCUUCCAAGACAGCACAAACGAAAUUGGCAAAGGCUUCGCAAUCCUCGGUAUCUACCUAUUCGCUCUGGCCUACUAUGGCCUUCUGAACAGCACAACCUGGCUGUAUGGAGCAGAGAUCCUGCCGAUGCCACUGCGCAGUAAAAUCAUGGGGCUCGCUGCCACCAGCCAUUUUGUCGUCAACGUGGCCGUGACGCAGGCAGGGCCCAGUGCGUUUGCGACGAUCCGGGAGAAUUAUUAUUAUCUGUUUGUCGCAUGCUCGGCGUUCUUCUUGGGUGUGGCAUAUCUUUACUUUCCGGAGAGUCGACGGAGGACGCUGGAGGAGAUUGCGGCCGCAUUCGGUGACAACGUGGUUGGUAUCGUGGAUGUAGACGUCCUGCAUCCCUCAACUACGGACGAUGAUCUCGAAACAGAGGGAAAGUCAUCGGAUAAACAUGUCGAGCGCGCAGGAGAUGCCGAGUGUACGAGCUAUGUAGGUGAACCGAAUGGAGCGACUUCUCGGAUGGUUUGAUGGAUUAAGACCAACGCCUUCCGAGGUUUGAUAAGUAGUUCUUCAACAAGAGCUAUAAACUGACGGAUACUCUACUGUCAUCAGCGUAUCGAUGCCAUAAAAAGCCUCAGCGACCAUAUCUCAAUGCGGGGAAAUGCGGGGAGCAGCCGCUUACGACUAAGAGCAAAUGUACGGAGCUUACUCCGCGAAGCUUAUAACAAUCAACAAUCACCUUCAUUCAACUAUCGCUACGAGAAACGUAAAAAUAAUUCACAGAGCGUACAGCCUACGAUUAGACGUCCUACCUUGUCUAGACUACC